AUGGCAAAACAUGGAAAAUUUUCAGUUGAUGCUAAGGCUCGUACUAAAACAAAACAUAUGAGAAGAAGAAAGAAGAUAUCUAAGAGGUCUUCUACGCAGUGGAGAAAAUCUGAAGCUCAAGAUUUGGAACAUCAAGAUUUUGAGGAAAUUGUUAACAUGGAGUACAUGUCUCUAUUGCAGCUAUUGAGAAAUUAUGCAACUGCAUCUGCUUCAAAAGAACAAAAUGUUAAGCAUAACAAUAAACGCAAGGGUAAAGGAAUUGCUCUUCCACAAUCUGAAGAACUGAUAUUGCAACCUCCAUCAAUGGCUAUUUUAGAAGAAGAUCAUAUGCAAAUACAAAUGAUUCCUACGCCACUGAACAUUGUGCGACAAGAGUUACAUGAUACUGAUUCAGAGCGUACAAUAUCAACUGGUCCAAGCACAAGUAAUAGUCAUAUGGCAGGAGGACCAUCAACGAGCAGUUCUGAACUAAGCAGUCGCAAUAAGACCUUUAUUCAUCUUAUUAGCAAUACAACAUUCGAACCUAGUAGUGUGCACACAAAUAUUAUGCCUUGCAUUAAGCGGAUAUUCCCUGAGGCAGUUAAAACUUUUAAAACUGCUCCUCAACAUCUUAAGGAUGUUUGGUUUAAUGAAUUCAAGAAACGACAUGAAUGGGAUCCUAAUGACGAGGAUACUGUUCGGAUGAUAUUUGAGAAAAGGGAUGCUAAAUUGCUUGCUGACGCGUUAAGUGAUGUGCGCACAAGAUUGGCAUCAGGAAAUGGAGUACCAGGAUGGAUCUGA